AUGGAUCAGGGUUUCUUCGGUAACAGGCGCAAGUCUCGUUCUCCAAUCAGACGCGGCUUUCCGAGAUUCCCUCAGUGGACAUCGCAGGCACGUGCUCAACAACUGAAGGAAGAAGGAGAGCGACCCGUAUUUGGUCCUUGGCAACAAGCUCCUCCUGCACCACCCCCACCACCACCACCACCACCACUUACCACUGACAAAGAGGGUUUCGUUGUGUUUGGACCGCAACCACGACCACGACCUAGAAGCAGGUCACUAGAUCGGGCCAAAUACAGGAUUCCCAUCUCAGGGGGAUUAGAACCUAUUGGUUCACCUGGCGAGAAAGGCAAACUGAGUUACGCUGCUGCUGUUCAACAUUGUACUGACACUACUUCGGAGUCAUCAUCAGGGCCAGAACCACUGAGCAGCCCGACGCUGUCUCGAGUAUCAUCAACAAUCUCCUCAGAUUCACUUGGAGAUCUUUUCCCAUUUGAUUCGGAGAUCUUUGAACCUAUCACCCUUAAAAAGGAACUAAAAAACGAAGGCAUUGUAGCUUUGAGAAAUCCAAACACUGUUGCCAUCUGUCAGCCACCGCGUAUAAUCACCGAUAUGCAUCCGAGAAUACCACGUGGAAUUCCGGAUCUUCGAGGAACAUUUGGAGCCUACAUCAAGCAGAAACCUAGCGUCCCUGAAUUGCAAAAUUUAAUAAAUAAGUUGAAGAAGAUGUCAAGAACAGAGGUGAGUCAAAUAAAAAGUGUAGUUAAGGUCUUGCGGAUUAGAUUCAACGCAUUUUCAAGCAUUACGUGA